AUCUGUUAUUUGCUCUAUUCUUACAGAUAUUGUAUUUUGUGUAUUUAAAUCAGUAUUAUAUAAUGUUUCUUCUUAUUUUUGUAUUAGGAUAACAUUUAAAGAAAUCAAAUCGGGUGACAGUUGUGCGUAUAACAUGUGCUCCUGCACAUAACCUAAUUCGUAUUGUUUUGUUUCAGAAUUUGUUAAAAUAAAAGGUUCUAUUUAAUUGUAAUAAUGGCUGAAACAUCGUAUUCUAAAGUAGCAAAUGAUUCACAGUUUUUUCGCAAUGAACCUGCAAAUUAUACUGCAGAAAUUCGACAAAUGAUGCAUGGAUUUGGUGACAGCAGCGAACCAUUAAUCGAAUCUGCAAAAAUCAUCGAAGAAGUUGUUCUACAACAAAUGAGAACAAUUGUAAGAAAGGCUUGCGAAGUUUCUGAAAGACGAGGGAAUUCAAAGAAAGGCAUUUGUAUUUCUGCCGAAGAUUUAAUUUUUUUAUUACGCAAAGAUAAAAUGAAGUUACAGCGUCUCCUAAAAUAUUUAGAAUUGAAGGAAUUCAAAUCUUCGGUACAUAAGACAAUAGAGAGCGAUUUACCCGAGAAUUUUAUACAAAGCGAUAAUUUAGAAGGAUGUAAAAAUAAAGGGCCACUUUACAGUUUCCUAAGUUUGAUUGAUAAUACUGGGGAACUUCUGGAAGUGUCAUCCACCAUAGAUGAAGUCAAACAACAGAGGUGUAUUCGUGCUGAAAUUGUUACACGUUCAAUGGAUGAAGCUAGAUACUUAAAAUUUAGUAAAGCACGCAAUGCAUCAUUUGCAAAUAAAAAUAGACAUAAAUUUAGUGAUUGGUUAUUGACUGAUAGUGACAUAACAAUAUCCAAACAAGGAUAUACAAUUUUGGGAUAUUUAGCAUAUGAAACAGUAGCACAAAUUGUAGAUUUGGCAUUGUUAGUAAGACAAGACCAAAAUAAAAUAUACGGAGAUUCUAUAGACAGGCUCAGACUUAGUUAUGUUAAUCCGUACACUUAUAAACCAUAUUACCAUGGCAAGGUUGCAAUAACAAAACCAAUCACACCAGCAGAAAUAAUUGAAGCUCUCAGAAGAUUUUGGUCUCCACAAUUAGAUACGACAGGUCCAUUUAAUCGUUGGUCAAUGCGGAAACCACAUUUAAAGCUAUUAUCUUGUUGACAUAAACAGAUUCCAAAAGGAAAUCAAUCAAAAUCAGCACAAGACUAGAAAAUGAUUGAAACAACCGUUUGACAAACAUGUAUUUUAAAAGACCCGCCAUAAAUUAAAUAUUUUCGACUGUGGCGCUAUCUGUACUAGAACGGCGGAAACUACUCAACAACUUACCGAUCAGGUUAACCUAUUUGUCGAGUAGUUUCCGCGGUUUCCCGAUAGAUGGCGCUAGCGUUAUAUUUGUUUACUUCUAAUAACUUAGCCUGCAUUAUGUGUCAAUACAUUUUUUACAGUAUAAUUAUUUCCUUCUAACAAGUUUAAAAUAAUGUUAACGACGAUACAAUCAUGUACUGCAUUUUAUAAUUUUAUAUGUUUAUGUAAUAAGUAUAUAGUUAUAAACGAUGAAUAAUGUAUAUAUAGAUA